AUGGCCAUCAAGUCUUCAAUACUUUACGAAAACCCCAGUGCCACCGCCUUUGUGGUCGAUAUUCCCAGCUCCAUCGCGCAAGCACAAGCGCUUCCAGGACAGGACUUUCCGCCAUCACGACCCCAUCCAGCCCCUUCUGCUUCAGGAUCUUAUCAUGGAGGAAGAGUUCUUUUAUCUUCCACCCCUCUAAGGGAACCUUAUCCAUCGUCAACGGAGCCCAAGACUGAGACUGCGCGGGCGAGGGUUCUAGAGAGAAUCCCGCUUUCCGAAAGACGCUAUCACUCCGAGCUCAUCGAACCCCUGGUGACUGAGAAGCUAACGGAGCUUAAUGCAGCACUCGAAAAUAACAAUGAGUGGUGCCUGCCUCGUAUCAUUGUAGAUAGCGAUGCACAAGGCAGCCCGGGUGAUUCAACCCAGGGUGGAUAUGAGCAGAUUCAGCCAGGGAAGAGGAAACGACAACGCAGCACUACCGCAUGUUCAUGUUCAUGUCCAAAUCAAGACUCUGGCUCUAUCCACUCAAAUAGACUCUCUACUCGCGAUGAUACUCCAUUGAUUCUAUCGCCUGGAGAUAACGCCUUCUCAUCCAUCUCAGAGCUAUCCAAUACCGUGGUCAAAAACAAAUCCAUCGAGCCAGCUACAGUGAAAAUACGCUGUCAAUCGACGACAGAUGAAUCAAAUAAUGAUAGAACAACAACCCACAACUACCAAUCCUUCCACAUCCCCCCGUUAUCACACUUCCUCCGCUGCACCAUCCCAAUCUCCGAACCCAUCCAGGAGAAAUCACAUCAUCACCACCACCACCACCAGGCAUUAAUCCCCGGUCUACCACACGAGCAAAAGUUCAAUCUAAUCCUCCUCGACCCACCAUGGACAAACCGCUCCGUUCGGCGCAGUGGUCAUUAUCAGACGCAGUCCUAUAAAGGAUCGGAUCUUCUCACGCAACGCAUACGUGAUAUAUUGCGGGGACAUUUGCAAUAUGAUAAUGCUUUUGACAGAGAAGAAGGCACGGCAGAUACUAAGGCCCCGAUAGCAGCGAUCUGGAUCACUAAUUCCGCAAAGGCACGGAAAACAGCCUAUGAGGCUAUUCGGGGUGCUGGGCUUGAGGUCCGUGAGGAGUGGGUUUGGCUUAAGACGACUAUGGAUGGGAGGCCGAUUACGGAGGUGGGUGGGUUGUGGAGGAAGCCGUAUGAGGUCCUUGUUAUUGGGAGGCGGGUGCGUGAAUCCUCUGAGGAUGGGGAUGUUGUCAGGAGGGUUAUUGCGGCUGUUCCGGAUGUGCAUUCUCGGAAGCCGAGUUUGAAGGAGCUGUUUGAGAGGAUGUUCUUUAGCUCUCUGGAGGGGGGUUGUGUGCCGUAUAGUGCUUUAGAGGUCUUUGCGCGGAAUCUGACUGCUGGAUGGUGGGCUUGUGGGGAUGAUGUUCUUAAGUUCAAUUCGGAGGAAUGGUGGGUUGAUGAUACUGAAGAAGGCAAAGAUAUGUGA